GUUGAGGCAGACUUGGAAAUGAUUGUGGAAGAGGCUGGAAUGGGAAUUGGCGUUAGGACCAGCUGGAGUCCUAAACAACAGGAGCUAAAUGCGACCAAACUUAAGGAACAGCAGAAGCCUUUACAUUCAAGGAGUUCAACAAGCAAACUAAUACCACCUCGACCGAUUGGGCAACCAAAUAAUCAACACCAAGAACUUCCAAGACAAUUCCCACCAGAGGAUUUCUUAUCUUCUUCGAGCGCAUCGACCACUGUAGGCGAAGACUACUCCGCUUACGCCAAUUACAUCAACGCCAAUGGGUUGGCACCUCUAGGAGGUGGACAAGCAAGGGACCCACGUGAGCUAGUACGUGAAGACCAUUAUACAACAGAUGAAAAUGAAUAUACCACAGAGGAAGUAGCAGG